GCGUGUGUUUUCUUGUUUUGUUUCACGGAUUUUCGGGGUUUUUUCCACUUUUAAAAGGGUUUUCCACAGAAAGUAGCCACAAAAGCUGUGAAAAAUGUUAUCCAGAGUAUGCAGGCUCGCUCCGAAACAUGCACUUAGUGGGAGAGUUCUUUGUGGACAGCAGCAGGAUCCAAACUUCCGGAAUCGAUCACGGGAUUACCAUGCCUCCACGACGAGACACACCGGAGUGCGAGUGCUGAAACCGUGCCUCCUUACGAACACGAACCUAAGCGCCACCCUACAACCGUUAACAGCGGCAGUUUUAGUGCGGAAUCUUGGUACAGGCGUCGACGAUAAGGCCGCCCUGCUACAAACUAUCCCGGAACCACCGACAAUUCCACUACAGAAUGCACCCGAGGUAGCCGACCUAGUGGCCGGGGCGGAACCUACGUUUGCUUCACUCGGACUUGGCGGCUGGACGCCCGUGGGAAUCGUGCAAAAUUGCAUGGAAUUUCUGCACAUCGGCCUCGAUCUGCCGUGGUGGGGCUGCAUCGCGAUCGGUACGGUCGUCGUUCGAACUCUGCUGUUCCCGCUGGUUAUUGCCUCGCAAAAGAAUGCAGCCAAGAUGAACAACCACAUGCCGCAGAUGCAGGUCCUUCAGGUGAAGAUGACGGAAGCACGGCAGGCCGGCAACGCGAUCGAUGCCGCCCGCUACGGACAGGAGCUGAUGCUGUUCAUGAAGGAGAAGAAGCUGAACCCGCUGAAGAAUAUGCUGGUUCCGCUGGCACAGGCACCGAUCUUUAUUUCGUUUUUUAUGGGCCUCCGAGAGAUGGCCAACACACCCGUUGAUUCGAUGCGCGAAGGAGGACUGUUUUGGUUCACGGACCUUACGGUUUGUGAUCAGUUCUACGCCCUGCCGAUCAUAACCAGUAUGACACUGUUCCUCACCAUCGAGCUCGGCACGGACAGUGCACGCAUGUCGGCGGCCGGAAUGCAAACGGCCAAGUACAUCCUUCGCGCGCUACCCAUUUUCAUUUUCCCGUUCACGAUAAAUUUCCCCGGCGCCAUUCUGUGCUACUGGGCGUGUAGUAACUUCUUUUCGCUGCUGCAAGUUGGAUUUUUGCGGAUACCCAAGGUGCGGGAUUUUUUCAAAAUCGAUCGCAUCGUGACACACCGACCGGAAACGUUGCCGAUGAAGAAGAAAGGAUUCACCGAAGGCGUCAAAGAGUCUUGGACGAAUAUGAAGAUCAGUCGCGAGCUGGAAGAACGUGCCCGUAUCGAUGAGAUCCGCUUCCAGAAGGCCGGUCGGGGGCCAUUGGUCAAAACCUACAAACAUGAUCCUACCGCAUCGCGAGCGACAGCCACGACACCCGGCACAACAGUGAAUGCGAAAAAGCGGUAAACCAAAUGGGAUAGGAGAACAUCGAAAGCAUACAUUAGAUCGUUGAAACGUUGCUGCGUUGAUGUAGGUAAUAAAGCAAAGUUAAAAAGUU